AGUUUAUCACUCAUUUUAUAACUGUAACGUUGUGAUAGGAACGAUAAGAAAAUUGACAGAUUGUUAUAUAUCAUAAAUUAGUUAUGAAAAGGAGACAGAUUGGGACUGUAGGAAAACAAACUACUACUCCAGAAGGAAAUAGUAAUAAUGUUCAGCAUCAGGAAGGAGUAGAAUGUCCUUGGAAGGAGGCUCUAAUUGUUCUCUCUGUUUCUUUGCUUGUUGUGUUCGUCUUAGUGCCUUUAUUAGCUUUCUCAUGGCCCAUUCCACCAAGAACCGAUCUGCAUUGGUGGCAGACUGGUGUCAUAUACCAAGUUUAUCCAAGGAGCUUUCAAGACUCCAAUUCAGAUGGAAUAGGUGAUUUAAAAGGAAUAGAAUCUAGAUUAGAUUAUUUAAAAUGGUUAGGAGUAUCAGGAGUUUGGAUAAGUCCCUUUUACAAAUCACCAAUGGCUGAUUUUGGUUAUGAUAUUUCUGACUACAAAGAUGUAGAUCCAAUAUUUGGAACUCUUAGUGACUUUGAUGAUUUGAUUAAAGCUGCCCAUGAAAAAGGACUUAAAAUUAUUAUUGAUCAAGUUCCAAAUCAUACAAGUAAUCAACAUAAGUGGUUUUUAGAAAGUAAAAAAGAUCCCAAGUCCAAAUAUGCUGAUUAUUAUAUUUGGCAUAAGGGUAUCGAUAUGGGAAACGGAAAGAGAAAACCACCGAACAAUUGGUUAAACUUCUUCAAAGGAUCUGCUUGGACAUGGGACGAAGAUAGACAAGCUUACUAUUUCCAUCAAUUUACAAAAGAACAACCGGAUUUAAACUAUAGAAAUCCAGCUGUUCGUCAAGAAAUUUUGGAUACAUUUAAAUUUUGGUUGGAUAGGGGAGUUGAUGGCUUUAGAGUGGAUGUUGCCCCCCUUCUCCUAGAAGAAGAACACCUCAAGGACGAACCUUUAAGUAAUAUACCUGGAUUUGGUUCAGAUGAAUAUUUUUCUUUGAAACAUACUUAUACUCAUAACCUACCGGAAACUCACGAAAUAUUCAGAUCAUGGAGAAAGUUAUUCGACGAUCAUCUAGAAAAAACUGGAAAAUAUAUCUAUAUGGUUUUGGAAGCUUGGGAUGAUGACAUUGAGAAAUGGAUGUCAUUUUAUCACAGUGGAGCGGAUAUGCCUUUUAACUUUCUAUUUGCAUUCAAUUUAAAUUCUACGUGCAAUGCAAAGUGUAUAUCGAACUACGUUGAUACUUGGCUUUCUAAUAUGCCUAAGAAAAAAUGGGCUAAUUGGCUGACAGGAAAUCAUGACCAGCCUAGAAUUGGAAGUAGAAUGGGGAAGCAAUUUACAAAACUAUUAAAUGUGUUACUGUUAACUUUACCCGGUACCCCAACAACUUACUAUGGAGAAGAGAUUGGUAUGCAAAAUAUUGAAGUUUCGUUUGAAGACACACAAGAUCCUUUUGGUAGAAACUAUGGCAAGGAUAGAUAUCAAGAAGUUUCAAGAGAUCCUUGCCGAUCGCCUAUGCAAUGGAAUUCUGAGAAAAAUGCAGGAUUCUCCAACUCAUCUAAAACUUGGUUACCAGUUCAUCCUGGUUACAAAACACUUAAUGUUGAAAAACAGAAUAGCUCAAUCUAUUCGGAUAUCAGCUUGUAUAGAGAAUUAAUCGAACUUAGGCAAACUCCCUCAAUUCAAUACGGAUCAUUAAAUACAACAUUGAUCACGGACAAUGUCUAUACAUAUGUUCGAUGGAUAAAGGGAGUGUUUAAUGCAAAGUUUAUAAUUAUACUUAAUCUUGGUAGUGAGAAGGAAGUGUUAGACUUUCAUAAUAUGCCCAAGAACUACAGGCCUCUCAAACACUUUCCAAAAAAAGGUAAGGUUGUAAUAGACACUCUGGUAACUGAACAUCAAAGUCGAGUUGGCGAAGAAGUUCAGUUGAAUCAAGUUUUAGUGAUGCCAGAACAAGCCUUGAUUAUUAGAUUCUAUUAA